AUGAUGCCUCUAAUAAUGUUCCUUCUAAAGUUUGUUUCGCAAUCCAUCAUGUUCAUGUACAUGACUCCAACUGCAAUUGGCCUUGCUUUGAGUUCAGAAUGUGAUAAACUCGCUUUGCUUGACCUGAAGGAAAAGCUUACCAAUGGCAUACCUGAUUCUCUCCCAUCAUGGAACAAUUCUUUGCAUUUCUGUGAGUGGCAGGGUGUUCAGUGUGGCCAUCGCCACAAGAGAGUCACUACCUUGCAUUUACAAAAUCAAAAUUGGGGUGGUACUUUGGGACCAGCUUUGGCAAAUCUAACCUUCCUUAAAAGCCUCAAUCUUUCCAAUAUUAAUUUGCAUGGUGAAAUACCCACACAAGUUGGUCGUUUAAAGCGGUUGCAAGUUCUUGACUUGAGCAAAAAUAAUCUUCAUGGUGAGGUUCCUAUUGAGCUUUCUAACUGCUCAAAUCUUGAGGUAAUAAGCUUGCUGUACAAUAAACUCACUGGGAAAGUACCCUCUUGGCUUGGAUCUAUGACACAGCUCACACAGUUGUUUCUUGGUGCCAAUAAUCUAGUGGGUACUAUUCCACCUUCCAUGGGAAAUCUAUCAUCACUCCUGAAUAUAUCUCUUUCAAGAAAUAAUUUGGAAGGAAAUAUACCUCAUACCUUGGGUACGUUGUCAAAUUUAGAACAGUUGUAUCUUGGUUUAAAUAGGUUGUCGGGUACCGUUCCUGAUUCUCUUUAUAACCUCUCAAAUAUUCGAGUUCUUGUUCUUGGGGAAAACCAAUUAUCUGGUACUCUUCCAUCAAAUUUGCAACGUAAUCUUCACGCAUUCUUGGUUGGGGGGAACCACUUCUCUGGAACUUUCCCAUCCUCGAUAUCCAACCUCACUGGAUUGAGAUGGUUUGAUAUAUCCAGCAAUGGUUUUAAGGGGUCAAUUCCUACUACUUUGGGAAGCUUAAGCAAACUUGAGAGGUUUAACAUUGGUGAUAAUAGUUUUGGGAGUGGAAAAGCUCAUGAUUUGGACUUUCUCUCCUCAUUAACCAAUUGUACCCUAUUGCAAGUGCUUAUUUUGGAGGGCAAUAAAUUUGGUGGUGUGUUGCCUGAUCUUAUUGGUAACUUCUCUUCCAAUCUCAAUUGGCUUAGUAUGGGGAUUAAUCAAAUAUCUGGAAGGAUCACUGAAGGAAUUGGACAACUAAUCGGUUUAACUAACUUCAUUAUGAUAGAUAAUUUCCUUGAGGGAACAAUUCCAGAUUCAAUUGGAAACCUUAAAAGUCUAGUAAGAUUGGCCUUGCAAGAAAACAAAUUAUCAGGUAACAUUCCUACCGUCAUUGGCAAUCUUACCAUGUUAUCUGAAUUUUAUCUACACACCAAUGAAUUUGAAGGAAGCAUUCCAUCUACCAUCAGAUACUGCACCCGCAUGCAAUCAUUUGGAGUUUCUGACAACAGCUUAAGUGGUGAUAUUCCUAACCAAACCUUUGGCAAUCUAGAAGGUUUGGUAAAUCUUGACCUAUCCAUCAACUCCUUCACCGGUUCCAUUCCUUUGGAGUUUGGAAACUUGAAGCACCUUUCCUUGUUAUAUCUACAUGAAAACAAGCUGUCUGGUGAAAUUCCCUUAGAACUUAGUUCUUGUUUGGCAUUAACAGAGCUCACACUGCAGAGAAACUUUUUCCAUGGAAGUAUACCUUCAUUCUUGGGCUCUUUAAGGUCCCUUGAAAUUCUAGACCUUUCUAGUAACAACUUCUCAAGCACAAUCCCCAUUGAACUAGAAAAUCUGACUUUGGUGAGAACUUUGAACUUGUCCUCUAACCAUCUUUGUGGUGAGGUUCCUAUAGGAGGUGUCUUUAAUAACAUCACAGCAAUUUCACUCAUUGGAAACAAGGAUCUCUGUGGGGGUAUACAACAACUGAAGCUACCUGCAUGCUCUAGGUCCCCUUGGAAGAAACACAAGUUGCCUCUUAAAAGCGAACUUAUUCUCAUCAUUGCAAUCGGUGGGGUUUUGUUCAGUUCCAUAAUAUUUAUCGGCCUCUACUAUCUCAGGAAAAAAUCCAAAAUAUCAUCUUCUUUAUCAUCCUUGCAAAAUAGGUACUCGAAGGUUUCUUAUGGAGAGCUAUAUCAAGCAACCAAUGGAUUUUCUCCAUGCAAUUUAGUAGGCACUGGAAGCUUUGGUUCUGUUUACAAAGGAUCACUCGUCCAUUUUGAAAGACCUGUUGCUGUGAAGGUAUUGAAUCUUGAAACAAAUGGGGCAUCAAAGAGUUUCAUGGCUGAAUGUAAAGCCUUGGAAAAGAUCAAGCACCCAAAUCUUGUCAAGAUCCUGACAUUUUGUUCAACUUUUGAUUACGAUGGUGAAGUUUUCAAGGCUAUAGUUUUUGAGUUCAUGCAUAAUGGGAGUCUAGACAGGUUGUUGCACAGCAAUGAAGAAUGUGAGCCUAGAAAUCUUAAUCUACACCUUACACAUAGAAUAAGCAUCGCUAUUGAUUUAGCUAAUGCAUUAGAUUAUCUUCAUCAUGAUUCCGAGCAAGCUAUAGUUCAUUGUGAUAUUAAGCCAAGCAAUGUUCUUCUUGAUGGUGACCUUGUUGCUUACAUGGGAGACUUCGGAUUAGCUAGGCUCCUUCACGAGGCCUCAGGGCAUUCCAGUAGAGAUCAAAUUAGUUCCUCGGCAAUUAAGGGAACCAUUGGAUAUGUUGCCCCAGAGUAUGGAUUGGGUGGCCCAGUAUCACCACAAGGAGAUAUCUACAGCUAUGGAAUUCUUCUAUUGGAGAUGCUCACUGGAAAGAAACCAACGGAUAGCAUGUUUUGUGAGGGUCUAAGCCUGCACAAAUUCUGUAAGAUGGCAAUUCCAGAAGGAAUCACUGAGAUUGUUGAUUCUCGUUUGCUAAUCCCAUUUGCUAAAGAAUUAACAGUGGUUAAGGAAGGUGACAUCAGGGAGUGUCUGGUGUCUUUUGCAAGGAUUGGAGUUGCAUGUUCUGCAGAAUUUCCUGCUCAGCGAAUGAAUAUUAAAGAUGUUACAAAGGAGUUGCAUGCAAUUAAACAGAAGCUGCCCUGCUAGAAAUAGGUUCACCAUUCUCAGUUAGUUAAGGCUUGUAUCCGUCACAUUUUUCUGCACAAUUUUGUUGUUUGCACUUUGCACCACUUCAAUUCCUACAUUGUGAUUUUAAGAGCAACCAUUACAAAGUAACCUUUUAGUGCGUUCCCUGUGUAGUACUAGAUAUGUUUUGGCUUGAAUUUAUAUUGGAUGAGUCUAUUGCCACUU